AUGAUGGAUUCCAAACCCAUGUCUACACCUAUGGAAUCAGGUUUACAGUUGUUUAUUUCUGAUUCAUCUCCUCAGGUUUAUGCAACUCUCUAUCAGCAAAUAAUUGGAGGUUUGAUUUACCUGACAUAUGCUAGACUAGAUAUCGAUUUUGUUGUUAAUUAUCUUUCACGAUUCAUGCAAGAACCAAAGACAUCUCAUUGGCUAGCAGCAAAAAGGGUCUUAAGGUAUAUACAUGGUACAAUGGAUCAUGGUUUGGAAUAUAAAAAGAAUGAUCAAUUCUUCUUGACAGGGUACACAGAUGCAGACUAUGCAGGUUCAGUUGAUGAUAGGAAGUCCACAUCUAGAUUUGUUUUCUUCCUAGGUUCAGGUCCUAUUUCACGGGGAAGCAAGAAGCAAGCUACAGUUGCUCAUUCUUCAACAGAAGCAUAA